AUGAUAUCUGCUAUUGUCAAGAGAGAAGAGUUUUUAGUAAAUGCUACUGGUACUAAAGGUCAAAAGGUGAAGGAGAUCCUACCUGAUGAAUCAUUAUCAGAUAUUAGUAACCUGUCACUAUUAGGAGGACGUGAUAUUAAGGAAGUGAUUCAAAUAUCUGAAGAAUUCAAGACACCAUUGACUCCAAUAAAGCUAGAUAUUAAAGAUCUUGAUAUUGUCAUUAAAGAAUUAACAUCAGAUCAAUACUUGUCCUGUUCUGUAUGGCACAGACUAGGUCUACAGUUAGGAUUAUAUGAUCCUAGACUAGUAGAUAUAGAUGAGAGACACAGAGGAGAUCCAGUAAAAUGUUUCCAUGCUUGUAUGUCUGCCUGGUUAAGAGGAGAAGAUAAAGUGAGAGAGAAAGGAGGUCCCAGUUGGUCAUCAUUAGCUACAAUAUGCAUAUUUCAGCCAGUAUAUGUGCCUAGCCUUAAGAUUGUGCCAGAUAGCCUAACUGUUGGAGUACAGUUUGGAUUGCUCAAAGGUCGCGGGCAGACAUGGGGUCAAUUACAUUAG